AUAAUGCGUCAUCGGUUUAUGUCUGCAGACGUAGAAUUGUUUCGCCUAAUGAACAUCCUGUGGCCUGAAAACUGACAGUGUUAACCAAACACGCAAAAAUAAUUGAGGGACCAUCAAAGGAGCCUGGCCUGACAGUUAUGGCGGCAUAACUUCCCAGGGACGUCCCAGACAGAUGCAGCACACACAAGUCAUGAGCACUUGACUGUGCUUGACUGUGGUGGACACCCUUUGCGGCUAUUUCGGUCUGCUUGCUUCUCAGAAGCAUAGAAAAGUCAGGAAAAGAUGGGGUUGAACCCCGAGUUUUCUCAACUCUGUGACCUGAUGCAACACCUGGACAAACAGCUUGCCAAAACUCUGAGUUCAAAAGAAGUGAACUCUCCUAACAAGAGCUGGUGUAGGAGCGACAACAACAGCAGCAUGCUGGAGUCUGCAGUGAAACAGGAUCGUAAGUACCCGGGCAACUCUUGCCUCCCCGGAGAACGGAAGGACAAAUCUGAACCCUCCUGGGCUUCACUUCUGUCUAGCCCGGGCACAAACGCUUUGAAACGAGGACCUUCUCAAGAGUCUCUCUGCUCGAACACCCCAGUUAGCGGAAAACCCACACUGAGCAGCAUCAACUUUCGGCUGAGACGCCACCGCAGUAAUCCUUCCCUCUCGGACAUCAAGACCGAGUAUCCGAGAGCUGGAAUGGGGGGCGUCUCCCCUCACCCCAGCCGCAGCGAAAGCAGAUAUCAUUCACCUUCUUUUAAGGUAAACCUCGGAGAGGACAAUCAUUGUCAAGGGGACUACUCGCGAUUACAUCGAUCAACAGCUCGAGAUAACUCGUGUAGGAGGUCAGUCGAUCCCCUCUCGGGUAUGUUCUUGUUCGGAUCAGCAGGCUCUGACGUCGAGCGUACGCUCAGAAAAGGUCGACGUCAGCAAUUAUCAAACUCCUGCGUUGCUGCCUCAGUACCUUCUUCUUUCAACGCGUUCCAGCAGCGGGCUCAGAAGAUUGACAAGACGAUCAAUGAACUCCUGGAAGGCCACCACUCCUGGCAAUCUACGUCAUCGAUCAGCGUGUCGUCUGCUAGUGCUGGUGGUACGCCCAAGAGGAGAAACAGCUGGGCGGAAAUGUUAGACCAGUCCCAAAACAACGAGGUUUCUCCCCUUCAAAAAGAGGAAGUCAGAAAGCAUGGGUCUCCGGUUGACCCUGUCCUCCACAGUCGAAUGCCGUCGUUGAGGUACACCUCGUCCACAGCUCUCUCUGGCCUCACGUCAAACACAAACAGAAGCUCCUUCCUCCCGGGAACCAGAUCGUCUCCUAGCCUCGCAAACUUCAGCCCGCACGCCAUGAUGAGUGUGCCUAUUUCACAAACAUCUACAACCAGCAUGGAUAGUCUGAAAAAAGCAAUCUCCAGAAGCAGAUCAAUCUUAGGGGACAACAACCUCGCCCGAUCUCAGUCUUACCUGUUCGGGAAAGUACUGGGACUUCAUAAGGGCAGUUACGUCCCUCCUGCAUCCGUCAGCAAUGCUGAGAUUCGGCCCAACACCUUAAGGCUCGCCGCCGACAAAAACACCGCGUCGGCAGAUAAGAAUCCGGGCCUUGAUGGCUCGCUGUACUCUUCCUUGUCUAAAGAGAAGAAGAGGCUUCAGAACAUCGACAACAUCAUCAACCAGACGCCUAUGCACGGCCACAACUCACGGACGGCGUGGAAACUGCCCGCCUGGCUGAUGGACAGUGAGACGUACCGCUACUCCCGACUCAAUCAGAGGCGAGCCACGUCUACAGGAGACAUGCUUACCUUGGGGAGGUCUUUCACCAGCAUUUCUUCUACGCCGGAUAGCUCCAGCAGCCAGCUCUUGUACAGCUCUCAUCGUUCGAUUGGGCGGGGCCUAGCACCAAACUCCAGCACGCCAAGCCUACGUAACAGAGACUGGUGGCCGUCAGAUAUGAACGCAUCAUCUAGCCGCAACUGGAACAACGCCUGUGGUAGAGGCGGCAGUUGGGAAAGCAACGCCCCCUGGAGGCAUGGCGACUGGGACCACAACAACGCCCCCUAUUCAUCAUCCUCUUCUCAUAACGCCUCUCCCAGUCAGCGAGAUAAGUCACAACCUCCGUUUUGGCGAGAUUGCGGAAGUGAUGUUGGGGGUGGUGGACGAGCAGGAGGAGGAGGAAGAGGCAGAGGGGGCUAUUUUGACAGGAACAAUAAAUUCCCAACCCGACAAAACUCGCCCACCACAGCGACAGGAAGCUGCAGCCAGUCCUCGUAUUCACUGACGGGUGACAAAUUUGGGAAUUGCGAACAUUAUCACAGCAACGACAAGUCUCCUCCAUUGAGCCGCAGUUUCACAUGUGCAAAUACUGCUGCUGGUGGUUGUGGUGGUAGUGGUUGUGGAGGUGGUCUUCAGCAUCAGCUGCGGCGGCAGCAAAGCGAGACUGUCGCGUCGAAAAGAAACCGUGGGGGUGGAGGUGGUGGAUCGGAGAACAGUAAGAAGGAGAGCGGAGGAGGAAGACGAACAAGGCCUGCCGUCCUCGCCCAUCGUUUGUCCAGCACCGCCCCAGGUCACGGCCGAGGAGUUCACCACAACAAAGUGACCGGAGUCAACGCCGGCUACCAUCGUGUCCCACUGGUCAGAGCGGCAUGGUGUCCGGCUGGAUCCACCACCGCCACAAGACACAAAGACGCUAAAUGGGUGUGGAAAAUCGCGGGAAGUAAGAACGAACGGCAAAGGAAGAAAAUUCCCGUCAAAUACACUCCGUACGAGCCAAAGAUUACACCGGAGAGGCAGCAGCAGAAUCACGAGAAGACCGAGCGGGAAAACGGCCAGGAGAUGAUCAAUGGGUCCAACAACAAGGACUGUGAAGUAGACCACGCUCAUCACAACCGGCACCAGCCGUCCCCGGACAGCAUCCGCUCACCGCGCCCCUCCGACACCGCGUCAUCGCUGCCUUCCCCGCUUGAAGGGAGACACACUUCUGGAGCCCCUGUCUGCGCACCGUCGGUAAGAUGGCGGAAUAAUGGACGAAGCUCCCUGCUGGGAGGGGUCUUCAGCACACCCCUCCUCCAGAGGUGCGCGUCUUUGCGUCCUGGUGGUCCAGACAAGUUUGGCGCUCGAACGUCGACGUCAUCGCGAGCCGCCUCACGAGGCCUAAAUGUUAACAUUAACAAUGGCAACAAAGGGAAGAAAUCGAAAGGCAACAAGGGUAGAAAGAAAGACAGUGCCAUCAAGAGUCGUUCUUCGGGGGAAAAUCGUGUUGAAACCACCCAGUCGUGUCGAAUCUGACUCGCCGUGCACAUGAUUCCGCUCGAAUAUAAAACAUGAAGUUGUUUUUUUGUAGUGGCAACAAAACUGUUACUGUUAUUUGACGAUACUAUCUUGCUGUCGAGCGAAAAGUGGAGUUGAAUGACCAGGCUUGGUUGGAUAGAUCCCAGGCUAGUGACAGAAAUUGUGGAUAGCAUGUUAUUAAAAAAUAAGCCAAAAUGUUCAUGCAAGAAAGAAAAUGAUAUUCAGAAACCACGUUCAAUCAAAGGGGAUUUAUGAAACAGAAUUGUUUGAGAAAAUGACAGGAGCCAUAAUAAUAAAGAUAAAUAACCUAUUCUCGCCCCUCUAGGUAAAUAUUUGAAUGUAGAUGUGCCUUCACGCACACCCC